GAGGCGGGUGUUUGCAGCUGCUUGGAGGUGCUCCAGAUGCAAAGGAGUCGUGUUGAGGCCAUGGGUACAAGUAUGGAAGAAUUGGAAAGAAUCAACAAAAAGAUUGACUCAGUCAAGACUGAAGUUGAAGAAAAGCAGGAGAGGAUUUCCAAGCUUAACUUAGCACUUGAGGAACUAACUCAAAGCCCCAUAGCCUCCUUGAAUGACACAAAUAUGAGGGAAGAUUUUCCUGAAAAGGGCCUGCUCCCAAAGGGAAAUUGUAAUGAACCAUCAAAGAACAAAGACAGUCAACCCAGAAAAUACAUGAUAGACCACAAAGGUACAGCAACUGAUUUUGAAUAUGAUGCUUUGCUCAAUUAUUCUGCAAAGCCAUCUGGGGCAUCUAAAUCAAAGCUGGAUGGGACUGAUCAACAGCCCUUCUGCCACUUGCAAAAAUCUGUGGGUGAAAAUUGUCACAAGACCCUGGAGAGCCAAAGACCUUAUGUUUCACCAAUAAGAAUUCAAAUAAAUCUUGAAGAAUCUGAUGAAGAUGAUCUCAUAAUAGAUGUACCUCCACUCAUGCCUACUUCUAAAAAAUCUAGGCUAUUUAGAGGCUUCAAACACCAGCAUAUGGAUGAAAGGAUACAUAUCACACCCCUGGAAGAGAGAGAUCUUCAAAUUAGUGGCCCAGAAGAGGAAAAAAUAGAUAAAACCCAACAAACCACACAAAUAGUUGAUGACAGUAACAAAUUAGAACCACCUAAAUUGCUCAUGAAAACCUCACUGGAUACUAAAAGUAAUGUAAACCUGUGUCCUGUUAGAACCCACAUGUCCAAGAUGGGAAGUUUUGGUGGUAAUAAAAAAUAUGGCUGUAUAAACUUGUGUCCUGUUAGAACUCGCAUGUCCAAAAUGGAAAGUUCUGGUGGUAAUAAAAAAUAUGGCUGUAUUUCCAAAGAAGGUGUAUCCUGUGCACCUCUCAGUGACAAAGAAAUACUGACAGAAAGUCAUAAUGAAAGUCAUCCAAAGAACAAAAAACAUGUAAAAGCAAUUUAUGAUACUCAAAAAAAAGAAACUGAAUGUUGGUAUUCACCAAGUGAGCCCCAAGAUAAGCUUGUAAAAUACAGUGUGCUGGGAGUUCCAGACAGUCAAGAUUCCACUAUUUUUGAAGACAGCAAAUUAGUUGAACUCGAUUCUGGUAAGGGGAUUACUGAAGAUGACACCCUCUCUGAUUCUGAUGACACUAUGAAGGAAUGUCUUCAAAUUUUCAAUGAGCUCACAGAAAAUGAAGCUCAUAAGGAAGAGACUGCUAAGCAGGCUUCAAGAAAGCAAGAUAUGUUAUAUUACAAAAAAAAUUCUGGACCAAAAAAGAGAAUUGCCCAUACUGCCAAAUUUGAUGCUCCAACCAGUAAAGAGAUCAUUAGCGCAUUCAGGGAACCAGUCCCACCGCUACGCAGCCACAGUGUCAUCCUUCGGGCCCAGCAACAGGCAGUGCAGAUAAAGGCUGCUAUUAAGAGUGGGCAGGCUUUUGUUGCUGCUGCUUCAGAACAGAAGAAAAAUGCAUUUGCUUGUCCAGCCUCUCAGACCCAAAGGACAGAAAAUUCAUUUACAUCAAGCAGGCCUCACCUGGACGUAGUUCUUUCAAGGGAAAACCCAACUGCAAAGACGAGCAGAUCACACAUUCCUGUGAAAAGUAUUGCUUCUUUUCCUGUAAAGAUGUCCAAACAUAAGGCGGCUCAUGGGAAGCAAGCUUUAGUAACAUCAGAAUCCUCAUCCAAAGUACCUGAUGAAGUAAGGCAACGCUGCAUCAGCUCCUUUGUUCAGAAAUAUUUGAAAGUUUGUAAGACAGAGGACGAGGCUCUUAACAAGGCUAAAAUAGAAGAAAAGGCCAUCUAUGAAAAGUGUGGCAGUAAACAUAUGUAUGUGAAUGUAGCGAUAAAUACUCUUAAGAAGCUGAAAAAUCAAGUUGAAUAUGGAAGCAGUAAUGACAAGACAACUGGAAAGUAUGAAAAGAAAGAUGUGCUCACAGGAAUUAUUCUCUACAGACAUCUUAAAGACUAUCUUCUAACUGAAGAACAGUUACGUGAAAAUAACUACCCUCAACCAAAGCCUGACAAACCAGGAAGUGUUCUUUUAAACCCAGGCAUGACAAAAACUCUUGUAAAUGAUGCUUCUAAGAUCUGUUGUCGAUGUGGGAAAAUAUAUGGCCUGACUCCCUCAGGCCAACACAGUUGGGUAGAAGAAUGUAACUACCACUUUGGCCAAGUUUUGAGUCAUAAAGUGCUUAGUGGCUUAGAAUCUCGAUAUAGCUGUUGUGGAGGUAUGCUUGGAUCCCCUGGGUGUCAGGUUGCCAAGCUUCAUGUUCAUAACCAAAAAGAAAACCUAGAGGGCUUUGUGACAACUUUUCUCAAGGCCCCACCUGCUGAUGGUAGUCCUGGUGUGUUUGCAGUAAAUUGUGAGGUGUGCUACACAGCCAAAGGCUUGGAGCUUACCCAAGUGACCGUGGUUGAUGCCAGCCUCCAGGUGGUCUAUGACACAUUUGUGAAACCAGAUGAAGAAGUCAUUGACUAUAACACUAGGUUUUCUGGUGUGGUGGAAGGUGACUUGAGGAACACUAAAACAUCAAUCCGUGAUGUGCAAGCCGUCUUGUUGAACCUGUUUAGUGCUGACACUGUACUAAUUGGACAUAACUUUGAACAUAGUCUGUAUGCUCUUAAGUUAAUUCAUACUUCGAUUGUGGACACAUCAGUUAUGUUUCCUCAUAGGCUAGGCCUGCCUCACAAAAGAUCCCUCAGGAGUCUAGUGGCCGAAUGCCUGCAGAGAGUCGUUCAGGAUGAUGGUCACGAUUUUAGUGAAAAUGCAAAAGCCUGCAUGGAGCUGGUCCUUUGGAAGGUAGAAGAAGACCUGAAAGGAAAGAAGCGAGCACUUGGCCCCUGAACAUCUUUAAUCUCAGCAUUGCUGUUUCAGUGACGCCUCCGACGUUUACUACUGGCAGUGGAGUUUGGUCUGUGGUGGUGUGGUUCAAAGAGAAAAGGAGGAAAAGUGCUAUUGAGGUUUAUUUAUUACAUUUUAAAGGUUAAAUUUUCACAGUGAUUUCUAAAGUUGGGACUGGGGCUGGAGGGAGGGGUUAGUAAGAAUUAAGCUGGUUUGAACUUUCAACUCAUCUUUAUAAGUGCUGUGCUUCGUUUUGUGAGCAACGGGGCAGGAUGGUUUUGAUCUGGAGUAAUGAGUCCAUGGCUUUCCUUAGGUUACUUAACCUACGUUUCUUUUUUCUGCCUAGAUAUCUAAAACUGUCAUACUACCUGGAGUUAAAAACUUUACCUAACAAAAUUGUAACAGUUUCCUUUAGAUGUAUACAUAAACAUAAGUAGAAAUUUUUUCCCCUUGCAAAAUAUAUGGAAGUAGAUGUAAACUUUUCAGUGCAUUCUGUUGACAUUAAAGGUUGUGGUUAUUUGGCUA